AUGGCUGAGCACCCUAAAUUCCACCAGAUUGUUCAAGAAGGAUGGAGUACUGUUGUUUCUGGAACUGUUAUGUUCCAAGUGUGGCAAAAGUUGAAAAUUAUCAAGCAGGGUUUAAAAACUCUUCACAAAAAAGAUUUUGCUAGAUUGGAGAAUAGAAUUGAGAACAUUAGGAAGGAGUUGGGUGAAGUUCAAUCUCAGUUAGUUGCUUCCCCUUGUGAUAUUUCUCUUCAGGUGACUGAGAGAGAGUGUACUGCCAAUCUCAAAAAGUUCCUUGGCAUCCAUCAAGGAGCUCUGAAACAAAAGUCAAGAAUCCAGUGGUUGAAAGCUGAGAUUAAAGGGGAGAUUAAAGCCUUUUACCAUGGUCUUAUUGGGUCUGUUGCAGACUCAUUGGAAGGUAUUGAUGUUACAGUUGUCAGACAAGGGAACCAUCUCUCUGCAAGUUCUGCUCAAUCCUUAGUUCUUCCUGUCACAAAUGCAGAGAUUGAUAUGGCAUUGAAAGGGAUUCAUAUUAAUAAGAAGUUCUUUUAUACAACGAAGCUUCUGAAACAAGUUAACAACACUGCAGUUACUCUCAUUCCUAAGUCAGUAAUUGGUGAAGUGGUGAAUAACUCUCAAGCUGGGUUUAUUCCUGGUAGGAAUGUUGCUGACAACAUCCUCCUUGCCUCUGAACUGGUUAAAUGUUAUUCUAGGAAAUACAUAUGUCCUAGAUGCAUGAUUAAAUUGGACCUCAAAAAGGCAUAUGAUUCUCUGGAAUGGCCCUUUCUGAAGGCAAUGAUGCAUGAGUCAGGAUUUCCUGAUGUAUUUGUUAGGUGGGUUAUGGAAUGUUUAGGUACUGUCUCCUAUUCUAUUCUUGUGAAUGGCUUUCCUACCUCUCCCAUUCUUGGAAAAAAGGGUUUGAGACAAGGGGAUCCAAUGUCCCCCUAUCUCUUUGCCUUGGGUAUGGACUAUGGAGUAUCUGUCAAGGUGUUUGGCUAG